AUGAAACAGGCGUCGGAAACGGGGACGGUCUGGUACACGUUGGCGCUUCGCAGCCCGAUGGAGCUCGUUCGCGUCUUCUACGACCACAUCCAGCCGAUCCUUGCCGACGGGCACGAAGACAACGACGAAUUCUACACAGUCAUGGUGGACAAUUGGACCGCGAAGGCGGUUCCGUUCAUCAACAAGGAGCUGGCGGAUAAGGAGGACUAUGAUAGGCGACUCCGUCAAGCGUUUGAGGACGAAGCCGGUGAGAGUGUGGAAAAUUCCCUCUAA